AUGCGCACAAUACUCGCCGUUCUGUUGUGCUUUGUGCCAGCGACAUUCCAACAAAUGAUUCGCGAAUGCUCGUGCGCCGAGAUUCAGCCGUGCCUCAACGCCGCGCAAGGCGGAUUCAUGAAGUGCGCUGAUAAGUGUCAGAAUCAUGUCGCCGCCAUGGGUGCCAACUAUCCGCAACUCCGUCAGUGCAUCUUGGCCAAAGAGCCAGCCAUUGCUCAAGUCGCCGAAUGCUCGAAGAACACGAUGAGAAACGCGUGUUCGAAUGGUGGAGGCGGAAUGGUUAGAAAACGCUAUCCAGAAACAUUGAAACUUGCCGCUUUCACCGAAAUCAACGGAAUUCUCACGCGAUCCGGAAUUCAGGCCGAAGCGAAGGGAUUCUUGUCGGUUGGUAAGAAGUUCGCCACCUGUGUCAUGAAGUGUAUGGAUCGCGGAUCGACUGGCUCAUGCUACAAGAAGCUUGGAUGCGGUCUCGAUCUUCCACCAGACAGCGUCGUCGUCCGAAACACGAAACAGUGCGCCAUCCAGAGCGGAUUCAACACCGCCGGCGUCCGCCAGCUGUGCAACUGCGUCGCCGCUUCCGGCGUCCGAAACCUCGCUCCAUUGUGCAACCGCAUUGUGAUCUCCUAA